UCGACGUGGCCGGCCUCCGUUCGCGCCAAAGUCCACCAUGAUUCUGUCUCGUGGGUCCUGAGCAGAAUCCUUCCCCUUUUCUCAUGACAGCAACUGACGAUCAGGGCGUCAAACGAGAAGCCGUGGCGUGUUUGCAAGGAGAUGCCUUACAACAACACUGUCAAGCAAUCACCUGUCGCUGCUUCAAUAUUAACAGCGAUAUCUUGGGCGCCCAUUAUUUCUAUACCGCUACUUCGGACUUGGGCGAUUUCAGCAUCACACGACUGCAGGAGGUGAUCCUAGCAUCUGAUGAUGCUCACCUCUGGUACCAGCCAUACCAUCUGGGGCCUUUUUAUUGGCACAUCCGCACCGCCAGAUAUACACCUCUCACCCCUGGCCUUGCGAUCCGAUUAGCCCGUUCACCCUCGACACCUUAUAUACCGGACCAAUAG